CCACCUGAUUGGCUGAAGGUCAAGACGCAUGCAAAGCAGCACGUCUUUUCCAAACAAUCAGGGGCUGGUGGAUAUCAAAUGCGUUCUCUUCGACCAAAAUAUUGUAAACAAUUGAUUCCUUGAAGCUUUUCGUCGUGUGAUCGCGUUAAAGGAUGGCGGAAAGCGAGGUGGACACGCCAAGCACCCCGAUAGAAUACGAGAACAAAUACUUCGAGUAUCAUGGAGUUCGACUCCCUCCUUUCUGCAGGGGCAAGAUGGACGAGAUCGCCAACUUUUCGUUAAGAAACAGCGACAUAUGGAUCGUCACGUACCCCAAAUCAGGUACGAGUUUGUUACAGGAGGUAGUGUAUUUGGUGAGCCAGGGAGCUGACCCAGAUGAGAUCGGGCUAAUGAAUAUUGAUGAGCAACUUCCUGUGUUGGAAUACCCACAACCGGGAUUGGAGAUUAUCCAGGAACUGACAUCACCUCGUCUGAUCAAAAGUCACCUGCCAUACCGUUUCCUGCCCACAGCAAUGCACAAUGGAGAAGGCAAGGUGAUCUACAUGGCCAGGAACCCUAAAGACCUUGUGGUGUCCUACUAUCAGUUUCAUCGCUCUUUAAGAACAAUGAGCUACCGUGGAACAUUCCAGGAGUUCUGCAGACGAUUCAUGAAUGACAAGUUGGGAUAUGGCUCCUGGUUUGAACAUGUUCAGGAGUUCUGGGAGCAUCGCAUGGACUCCAAUGUUCUCUUUCUGAAAUACGAGGACAUGUACAAGGAUCUGGGCACCCUGGUGGAGCAGCUGGCACGGUUUCUGGGUGUCUCCUGUGAUAAAGCGCAGCUGGAGAGUAUGGUGGAGAGCUGCAACCAGCUCAUAGAGCAGUGCUGUAACUCUGAGGCCCUGUCCAUCUACCGGGAGCUGAGAUAUUCUUCUAACAAUCCUCAUGCGUGUUCUGCAGAAGAAAGAAAGUCAUACACAUCUGGGAUGGCAUGAGUGUCGUGUUGGGCAGUGGAAGGACAUUUUCACUGUGUCCAUGAAUGACAAGUUUGAUGCUGUGUACCAACAGAAAAUGGCAAAGUCUGACCUUACCUUUGACUUUAAUCUGUGAGGAGGCGACUCAGUCUGUGGACUAUUUGUCAAUUGUUUAAGGAACAAACCAACCAAUCAGUUCACCUGCUGAUCUGCUGUGCUUAAUGUCACCUGAUGGACAUUCCCCAUCAUUGAGAUUUUAUCUUUACAUCCCUACCCUUUUGCUCUUAUUAGUUACACAAAAGUUACUUCUUAGAACUAAUAUAAGGUCAGUCCUUAGGCUUUGUUCAGACAGGGAGCAAAAAUCUGAUUUCUGGGCAUAUCUGACCCAAAUCUGACUAGUUUUUGGUAGUCUGAAAAAAGAAAAAAAAAAAGAAAAAAGAAAAACCUGAUCCAAGCCUCAUCCAAAUGUGUUUUCAAAUUAUUAAUUUUUUUUGGAAUGUGUCUCAGUCUGAACAGUCAGAUUGGAUUUAAUAUUUUUCCGUCGUAUAGGAAGCAACUCUUAUCUGCACAGUAUUGCCCGGAACUGUGUCUGAGUACACUCAGUUUACUAUUUUUUCACAGUCAGUCCUAAAAUUCAGAUUUAAAACCAAAUCGGAUUUGGUGCAGUGCGAACAAAGCCUAAAAGGCAUUUUCAGAGCUUUCUCUUGUGUGUAUUUGUAUAAACAGCAGUGCUUUAGACUGAAGUGUGAGCACAGUGCUUGUUGCGUUUGUACAUUUUACAGAGCUAUUCAUAUCCCAAAGGCGCUUAUGAAAUGUGUAUUUAUUAAAAAUCAUCAUGAAAUUAUUUUAGACUAUAUUCUAUAUGCUAAACGCUAAAACCCAUAUAACAAACUCUCAGAGAAAAUUCUUGUCUGACUGUCUGAGUGUUUGCAUUUCUCAGGAGGAUUCUUUAAAAUCAUUGGCUACCAGCUGCAACAAAUAUGCAGUCAUCCAAUCACAUCUCAGGUAGUGGAAACCUGACCCUAAUAAUGAAUGCUGAUUGGCAACUGUCCAAAAUAUCACAAAGCAUGUAUGUAUUCUAAUUUCGUUUCUUUUCAUGCACGUGUUUUUAAUGGCUAUACAGCUUUGACUUAAAUUUCUGUACAGCUAUUCAUUUACACUGCAGUAAAUGGUACUGAAUGUUUUUGUUAAAUAUACUCACUUGUGCAUGUUUUUCAUCUGGGAACUUGCACCUGCGAGAGUGUGUGUAUGAGCCUAUCAUUUCUACACAUUGCAUUGCACAAUCUCCCUCCGGCCCAGUCUGUGAAUCUGCCUAAAUGAGAAGGAAGAGCAUUUUGGGAACAUUUUACACUCAGUUACAUGCAUUUCAUGAUAUAAUGUGUCAGAAGUGUUGUUACGAGCAGGUAUCUCAUAAUUAGAUCAUUAUGUCUAAGUUUUAAAGCAUAAAAGAUGCAUUAGGUCAACAACGUUUCCUCAAAAUACCAGCACUCAUAACAGUCAGGUAUAAUCUCACAAAUGUUCACAUAUCAAUCAGGAAGCUCCAGUGGUUCACCUCAUCACAGGCCCAAAACUCAGAAUUUAAUCCUCAAUUAAAUUUCCAUGCAUUUUCUCUUUCAUUAUGACCAGUAUCAUGUCCCCUUUCCAAUAACUGCUUCUUGCCUCUGGACAUAUUUGUCUGGUGCCCCUAAAUGUCAGGAAACAUAACUCUUAUAGACUCUAAAUGGGGGCUCAAUAUUGAUUUCUUUUCUUUCUUGCUUGCUGGUUUAUUAAUAAAGUGACAUAUUUGGGCCUUGA